CUGUUCUUAAAAUGUUUGUUCAAGAUUAAAAUUUAUAAGAGAAACAUGUCCAAGUUAAAAGCAUAACGCAUUCCGCCCAGCAUUUAGGCACCAUGGGGAAAACUGUAGGGACUCUGCAACUUUUGAUCGGCUGCUGCAAGACCACUUCUGAGUCAGAUCGCUGCCAAAACGACACAGAUGAUAGAUCCAAGUUACCUGCACCGCCACCUUACCAGUUGAAGGAAUAUGAUGAUAGAUCCGAGUUACCUGCACCGCCACCUCACGAGUUGAAGCUAUAUGGUUAUAAAGAACUAGCAGUUGCAACUGAGUAUUUCUCCCAAGACUAUCUCCUUGGGGAGGGUGGUUUUGGACAAGUCUACAAGGCAACCUUAGAUGGUGAAGAAGUUGCUAUAAAGAAACUUAAAAUAAUAAAGCUGGAAAAAAAAUUGGAGGAGAGUGAGUUCCUUACCUGUGUGAAUCAUCCAAACAUUGUUAAGAUGAUUGGGCUUUGCAGGGAGGGAUCCAAUAGAGUGCUUGUUUUAGAGUUUGUUCCUAAUAAGACAUUGACAUAUCAUUUACACGAUGAAAAGAACAAGAUUCUGGACUGGCCAACCAGAAUGAAAAUUGCCUUGCAAUCCGCAAAUGGGUUGCUAUAUUUACAUCAAGGCUGUAAACCGAAAAUUAUACAUCGAGAUAUGAAAGUAGAUAAUAUUCUCCUUGAUAAUAAUUUUAAUGCGAAGGUUGCUGAUUUUUCACUUUCUAAUUUUUUGUCGGAUACUGAUAAAGUUUCCCACAUCACCAGUCUAUUUAGGGGAACUAAUGGUUAUGCAGAUCCAGAAUAUGGUAAUAUUCAAAAAAUUUCAGAUAAAUUAGAUAUAUAUUCUUUUGGCGUUAUACUUUUAGAAUUAAUUACCGGACGAAAACCUUGCUCUGAUUACGGUGAUGCUACAAUAGUCAAAUGGGCUAAAAGUAGGAUUGGACAAGCUUUGUACGAGAAUGACUAUACGAGUCUUGUUGAUCCAAGAUUGAAAAAGUAUGAGGAACUAGAAAUGAUAAGAAUGAUUUAUUGCGCUGCUGCUUCUUUAUAUAAACCUUCAUCUUUUCGACCAAAUAUAAAACAGAUAAUUGAAGUUCUUGAUAGAAAAAUGUUGCCCGAGGAGAUAAUGGAUAGGAACGACAUCGACGGUCUGCUGGAUGGAAUACCUCCAAAUACUCAAAUAAACAUGCCAAAGAUGUAUGGUUUUGAAGAACUAGCAACAGCAACUGAAUUUUUCUCCAACGCACAUCUCCUUGGCGAGGGUGCUCUUGGUCAAGUGUUUAAAGCUACUUUGGAUGGUAAUGACGUUGUCAUCAAGAGACUUAAACGAAUCCGACCAGAAAAUACGCUGAAGGAGAUGAAAUUCCUUGGCGUUGUGAGGCACCCAAAUCUUGUCAAAGUGAUUGGGUACUGCAGCGAGGGAGCCAAUAGAGUGCUUGUUUCAGAGUUUGUUCCCAAUAGAACCUUGACAUAUCAUUUACAUGGAAAAUAUAUUUUGGAUUGGUCAAAAAGAAUAAAUAUUGCCAUACACUCUGCAAAAGGGUUGGAAUAUCUUCAUGAAAACUGCAAACCUAAAGUCUUACAUGGAUAUAUCAAAACAAAUAAUAUUCUUCUUGAUGAUAAUUUUGAACCGAAGAUUGCAGAUUUUGGUCUUUAUGAUUUUUUGCCGGAUCGCUUUUUUAGUACCCACAUAUCGACAGGAAGUAUAUUUUAUGCUGAUAUUGAUCAACAAAAACUAUCAGAGAAAUCAGAUGUUUAUUUUUUUGGCAUCAUACUUUUGGAACUAAUUUCUGGAAGAGAAUAUAUAGUUAAUGGCUUCCCCAUUUUUUCUUGGGCUGAGGAUCUGAUUAAGCACGCAUUGGAUAAUGGUGAAUGUGAAUAUACCAAUCUUGUUGAUUCUAGAUUACAAGAAGAAUAUGACAGGGAAGAGAUGCUCAGAAUGAUUUACUGUGUUGCAGCUUCAGUAUAUAAACCUCCAAGGUUUCGACCAAACAUAAGCAAGAUUGUUCAAGUCUUAGAAGGGAGGAUGCCUUGGAGCAUAAUCUGGGGAGAAAACGACAACGCUUUCCUUAACUCUCUUUCGACCCCUUGAUUUGAGAAUUUUGUCCUCGUGGCGUGAUCCAUGUUUAUGGUUUGAUUAUGGUUAUUAGUUCAAAUAUUGUGAUUUGGUUGUCUAUUCUCUUAUGAUAUUAGGUUUGAGGUUUUGAAUUGUUUUAGUUGUAAUCUCAGCUUCUUUUGAUGAGAGAUUCCUGCGAGAAAACAGUAGAAAAAUGUGAUAACUGUGAGUUUUAACUUUUAAUCACCUAGUUGUACAUGCAACAGCAGAAACACAAAUGUAAUAUGCAUCUUCUUUUGUUAAUGAUCAACUCCGUCGCCAGUA